GCUCUUUCCUUCCUACAUUCUUUCAGUCCUCGAUUCUCGGUCUCAUCAUGGGUGCUAAUCUUUCGAAAGCGUUGGCGAGGUUGUUUGGGAACAAGGAGAUGCGACUGCUGAUGUUGGGCCUUGACGCUGCCGGGAAGACGACCAUCCUCUACAAGCUCAAGUUGAACCAAUCUGUCACCACUAUUCCCACAGUCGGGUUCAACGUGGAAACUGUUACAUACAAAAACGUCAAGUUCAACGUGUGGGAUGUCGGCGGGCAGGACAAGAUUCGGCCACUGUGGAGACACUACUACACCGGCACGCAGGGUCUUGUAUUCGUUGUCGACAGUUCCGACAGGGAGCGGAUAGAUGAAGCAAGGCAGGAGUUGCACCGAAUAUUGAGCGACCGAGAGAUGAAGGACUGUUUGCUGCUGGUCUUUGCGAAUAAGCAAGAUCUGCCAGGAGCUAUGCCACCGUCGGAGGUGACGGAGAAGUUGGGACUGCAUCGCAUGCGUGAUAGGUCAUGGUACGUCCACCCAAGCUGUGCCACAACGGGAGAAGGUCUCUUUGAGGGCCUCCAAUGGCUCUCGCAGAAUGUGAAGAAACGUCAACCGUAGAAGCAUUUUGACCCGCUCUCCGAUCCACCCCCAUGCUCUCGUCGCCUUUGCUCGAUACCCGUCCGGUUCCUGGAGAUCUUGAUACUUAUGGCCCGCACGACGCACGCACGCUCGCACGACGGACACCUCGGUCCACACGCCUGUUUCCCGCUACUAGUUACUCGUUUCCUCUCAAGCACUAAGGGACAUAUCUUAUUUACCCUCCUCGACGAUACAUCUAUGUAUACGCACUUUAAUGGAUACGCCGUCGUGUCAGCUCAUUGCCUUUGUUUCGUUCGUCGAUAUUGUGCUGCAUGCAUCCUGCAAUAUAUCCCAUGGUCGCUACGCGCAUGCGCAAUCCUGGA